AUGACUACUCACAAACUUUCUCCAUGUUUUCAAGCUCCAAUCUGCAACUCAUUCAGCAUAUCGACGAUUUCGGAGCUGUUGAGUAAACAGCACUGGUCAGAGAUCAAACCUCAUCUAAGGCUAACCAAACCUGCAACAUUUUUAGAUCAAUUACUUAAUUCCGGUAUCGAUUCCGACCUUGUUUAUAGGUUCUUUAAUUGGUCUCAGAAAGAGUUUAAAUUUUCAUUUGAUCUUGAACCAACUGCCAAAGUUUUAUAUUCUCUAGCGAAUUCGAAAAGGUACUCUAAAGUUAGGUCUUUUCUGGAUAGUUUUGUUAAAAAUAGGAAACAUACGGUUUCAUCUGUUUUUCAAUCCCUUUUGUUGGGCGGUCGUCGAUCCGGUGCUACUGUUCUGAUAAUCGAUAUGUUGGUGUUAGCGUAUGUUAGAAAUUUGGAGUUGCAUUCUGCUUAUGAAGGGUUUAAGCGAGCUCAAGAUUAUGGAUUUAAAUUAUCGCUGACUUCGUGUAAUCCGUUGUUGAAUGCUUUGGUGAAGGAGAAUAAAAUUGGUGAUGUGGAGUAUGUGUAUAAGGAGAUGAUAAAGAGAAGAAUUCGACCGAACUUGAACACGUUUAAUAUUUUCAUUAAUGGUCUUUGUAGAGGUGGUAAGUUGAAUAAGGCGGAGGAUGUUAUUGAAGAUAUGAAGGCGUGGGGAGUUUCGCCGAAUGUGGUUACAUAUAAUACUCUUGUCGAUGGUUAUUGCAAGAGGGGCGGUGCUGGAAAAAUGUACAAAGCUGAAGCUAUUAUAAAGGAGAUGGUUGAUAAUAAAAUUUGUCCGAAUGAAGUUACUUUUAACACUCUUAUUGAUGGGUUUUGUAAGGAUGAGAAUAUGUUGGCUGCAGAGAGGGCUUUUGAAGAGAUGCAAAAGCAAGGAUUGAAACCUAAUACAGUUACUUAUAACUCGCUGAUAACCGGUCUUUGUAAUAACGGUAAGCUAGAAGAGGCGGUUGAUUUGUGGGAUAAGAUGGUUGGAUUGGGUUUGAAGCCAAAUAUUGUAACUUAUAAUGCUCUUAUAAAUGGGUUUUGUAAGAAGAAGAUGAUGAAGGAAGCAAAAAGGGUUUUUGAUGAUAUAACCGAGCAAGAGUUGGUUCCCAAUGCUAUAACAUUCAAUACUAUGAUUGAUGCGUAUUGUAAGGAAGGGAUGAUGGAGGAAGGGUUUGCACUGCGUAGUUCAAUGCUUGAUAAAGAGAUUUUGCCGAAUGUUUCAACCUAUAACUGCUUAAUUGCAGGCCUGUGCAGGAAACGAGACUUACAGGCUGCAAAAGAGCUUCUAAGUGAAAUGGAGAACAAUGGUUUAAAAGGCGAUGUUGUAACAUACAACAUCUUGAUAGACGGGUCCUGCAAAAUAGGAAAAUCAAGAAACGCAGAAAAGUUACUUAAUGAAAUGAUCAACCUUGGUUUGAAACCUAAUCAUGUGACAUAUAAUACUUUGAUGGACGGUUAUUGUAUGGAGGGGAAUCUUAAGGCAGCGUUGAACGUGAGGACGCGUAUGGAGAAAGAACGAAAGCAGCCGAAUGUUGUUACUUAUAAUGUAUUGAUUAAAGGGUAUUGUAAAAUUAACAAGCUAGAGGCUGCAAAUGGUCUUCUUAAUGAGAUGCUGGAAAAGGGUUUGAAUCCAAACCGUAAUACAUAUGAUAUAGUAAGAUUGGAAAUGUUGGAGAAAGGCUUUAUUCCUGAUAUAGAAGGACACUUGUAUAAUAUCUCUAGCAUGUCUUAA